UCAGGCGGUCUCAGCGGACUUGGCGGUCUCAGCGUUUAGCGCGUUGCAGCGCUAUCGCUUUGCCAGAGCUUUGCUUGUUCUUCUUGUUGUUGCGCAACGAGUUCGCGCAGCGUCUCAGUGUGUGCACAAAGGGGCAAGUGCAUUCGUUACAUGAUGAAUCCUUAAAGAAAAUUGUACCUCUCCUACAAUAUACGUUGUUUUCGUGAAGAUACCGCGGAACAAGUUUUAUUAGAAUAGAAUUCCGUACGAGUAGCUUUCUAACAACGGAAACAACGACGGGUGAGCGAAAACUUUCGGGAAACAUUACUUGGCUGAGUCAAACAAAAUGGCGACUUUUCUCUUCUUGGCGGUACUGUUUACUUGACCGUGAUCAUUAUGUUUCUCACAAAGUGUGCUACGCGAGAAGUGUUGUGUACUUAAUCACCCUACUAUCGACCAACGUAAACGUAACCAUGCAUCUUUAACCAAUCGCUUAGUGUUUGCGGUCGUUAAGGUCUUCACGAUCCAAUACCCACACAAUAGCUUAAGAACAAUGUCCAGUUCGUACGUCGUUGAGCCACAGGAAAGUGGAUCAGAAAAAAAGGACGAUACUUUGAUCAUUGUUGUCAACGACGAUGGUACGAUAUCAGUCGAUCAGGAGACGUUGCAAAGCUUGAUUACGAAUCAGUCCAAUGCUAAUGUUAGCGUGGUUAGACUUGGACAAGCCGAGACCGAUACAGAAAACGGAGAUAUAACUCUAACCGUAGAUCCGCCACCUUUCGUUACUGCUAAUGUAAAUUCAGGGGGUACUACCACCGAUGCCACUAGCUUGGUCGAUCCUUUCAUGGAAAUGGAUCCAGAGCAACUGGAAAGACUAGAAACAGCUCUACAGAGCGAAGAAGCGAAACAAAUUCUUGGAGAGAAUGUCACAGCGAUGCUCGACAUGCUAACCGUAGAGGAACAGCAAAACUCAAUACGUUAUAGCGUCGAAUUGGAUCAUUGUUAUACAAGUAGAUUGUCGCCUUCCGAUCCAAAACCACGAGAUCCUUUACCUACUACCGAUUCGCCAACGCCUAGCGACAGUUUACAAUAUGAACAUCAGCUUUCUCCUAAUCAGGGAACAUCGAGUGCAUUACCGUCUGUUGGCGAUGGAGAUGGUGCAGCAACAACGACAGCGAUAGCAAAAACAAAAACAAUUACAAAAACUACUAAACCCGUUGGUCGUCCACGGAAGAACGUUCCACCGACUUCGGUUGCAACAUGCAACAAUUCAAGACCGUCUCCCAGUAUAACAAGUACACCCAAGUCGAUUGGACAUUCGUCGACUAGAAGUUUAACAGGGACAUUGCAUCAGGGACUCGGAAGACAACAGGGGAGGCUGAACGACGAAGAGGAAGAAGAACCGACAUCGUCAUCCAUUGAAUCAUCCGAAUCAGAACCUCCAUCGGACAACGACUCCGACUUUGGACCUCGGGGUCCCAGAAGAGGCGGUAUAAGAGCUAGAGGAGGUAGAAAGGGACUUACUACCAGAGGCGGAAGUAUGGCAGCUACUCGUAGAAGAGGUACCAACAAACAAAUGGAUAUGGAACAGGUCCGUAGGUUGGAUAUGGAAAUGGCUGCAGCGGUAAACGCUAUGAAGAGCCCGGAGAAAGAAGAAAGAUCUGGUUUCAGUCUUGUUCGUGGUAAAAGACAAUUUAAAACUACUAUCGGAAGGAAGAAAGAAGAUACGCAACGCGUCGAAUCGUCUACAGUGACAGUGAAUGAGAAUACCUCGCCUUCAUUCGAGAAACCGUUACAAACUACGAAUCAAGUGAAAGCCAAUUUGAUCAGUGCCAAUAUGAUUAAAGGCGAUAUGAUUCUUACAAAACCGGGUCAGGGAAAGAACAAUCAGAAAGUCACUUUCGUGCAGAAACAAGUGCUUGUCAAGUCGAAUGAUAUGAAGAGCGUGGAACCAAAGAAGCAACUGAUAUUUCCCAAGGGUAAAUUUGUCAGUCAAACGGGAACUAAGAUUUUUGCAACUAAAGAUGGAAAAUUGGUUCAAGUGCCUAUGCCCGGUAAAACCGUAACAUCGACUAUACCGGUUACUCAGAUCAAGGGUACGGUGCCGCAAGUUUCUUCUACCCAGCAGAUGAUCGUGAACCAGAAUCAAACAUUGCAUACGCAACAACAGCAGUCGGUAAAAGUAUCUACCCCUGCUAGCAUUUCGAAAGUGAAGUCUUGCGACGUGAAAAAGGAGAAAAGGAAAUCCGAUAGCUUCGAAAUGAUCAGCAAACCCGAGAUCGAACCUGGAAAAGCCACAGAGAUCAAGAUUUUAGAUGAUUUCAUUUUAGGUACGAAGAAACAUCCAAAGAAGGAAAGCCGCAAAUCUCCGGCAUACAUGGUGGACAGUCUAGGCCCUGCGCUUUUCUCGACUCCUGACAUUAUUCGUCGAGUCGGUUCGAACGGUGAUGUGAAAAUUCAAGAGAACAUUGUAACAUCGUUGAUUUCGGUAACACCGGUUACAAGCACUACCACCACAGGCAAUGCGAAUUCAGUCGCGUCAACAACUCCGGCAUCGUCGUCGUCGUCCUCUUCGUCGCCCACGUCCACUCGUACAGGUGUCGCAGUCUCUACGCCAAUUGAGCAGAUAACGCAGUUAGAAUCUCAUCCAUCCACGGAAAAACGAGAAAAUGACGAUACUCCGAUAGAAAGCAACGAAGACGAGGCGAAACCUGAUCCAAAGACUAACGGAUCGGAAGAGAUUCAGCCUCCUUUGGAUACAGGUAGCAUGGACGGCGAGGAACAUUUACUAGCUACAUUAGAAAUGGAGGCCAAUAAACACGAAGAGGAAUUGCUCGCGGAAGCGUUGAUGCUGCAAGAAGAACUCGGAGUCGAUUUGACCGAACAUGGUACUACACUCGUCGAACAAGGAGGAGGAGGAGGCACAACGUCCGAAUCGUUACCAUUGAAUAGUACGCUUGUACCACCGGUGCUCGUGUCCGAUCAAGAAGCAGCGAAACCUUUGGAUACUUUGACGACAGCGGUGGUGGCAAGCUUGGCGAGUACCACGGCAGCUACGGUGUCCGCAGCAGUGGUCAGUGCAACUCGAGAAUCCGCAAAGAAACCUGCGAAAGAUGAAAAAGAGCCGAUUCAAAUUAUUCGUGGUGGCCGAGUAAUCACGUUGCCACCUAUCGAGGCGCCAGCCACUAGAAGCAAACGGUUGCAGGCUAAAGUCGAGCCUGCUCAAAAGUUGUUGGAAUCGAUGAAAUCUACGGAUAAGUUCAGUUUGCAAACGGUACCGCAAAGAUCAUUGCAAAUUCUGAAAAACGAAACACCCACGAACGUUAUAGAUCAAGAUGAAGAAAUUGAAAAUGAAGAUCUAAUGGAGGAAGACGAUGAAGAAGUGGUUGAGGAGGAAGAAAUGGAUCAGUUUGCCGGUGACGAGGAGGAGGAGGAAGAUGAGGAACAGAAGCAAAUCGGAGCGGUUGGGGAAGAUGAGGAGGAGGCAGAGGAAGAAGAGGACGAAGAGGAGGAGGAAGAGGAGGAGGAUAAUUCGGAUUCGGAAGACGAUCCUGACAGGCUUUGGUGUAUAUGCAAACGACCGCAUAAUAAUCGUUUUAUGAUCUGUUGCGACGUGUGCGAGGAUUGGUUUCAUGGAAAGUGCGUGCACGUCAGCAAAGCUAUGGGUCAACAAAUGGAAGAGAAAGGAAUCGAAUGGGUUUGUCCAAAUUGUUUAAAGAAGAAGGACGAAGACGCGAAAACGAAAGGGCCAGCUACGAUUGGAAAGCAACGUGUACAGUUGGACAAUCCGAUCGCUUUAAAGAAUCUUGCAGCACCUAACCAAGCAUCGGUUGGCGGAGAAACCACGCCCACAAACCCUUCCAGUUCCGAUUACGGCGAUGUACAAUAUUCUGGUAACAGCAGCAGUAGCAGCAGCAGUAUGCAAUGCGUUGUUUGCAAGAAAGAAGCAAGGAAUUCUAGUAUUUAUUGCUCCGACGCUUGCAUACUCGCGCACGCUCAAGAAACUCUUACCAAAGACAAGCCAUCGUCGACCGCGUCAACGAUCAGCCCAAAGGGAAUAACAAGGCCGUUGCCUCUCGAGAUCUCCACAAAGUCGAAGUCCGAUAGUAGGGUCAUAGUUUUCGAAAGAAAAACUGGAAAGGUGUUAAGCGGUAUCGACGCACCAACAAGAUCAAACUUGCGCACAUGGUUGAAAGAAAAUCCUACGUUCGAGGUAGUUGGUGCAAAUAAUCUAGGUCCGUUGCAAAUAGGAAAAGCGAUUGCAACAAUUCACACGCAAAUUCCUGGCAAAACAGGUAAAUCGACGUUGUUAACGACCGGAAAGGGACCAAAUCUUCCGAAGAUGACGUAUACCAAAGUACCAGGUUCGAAGCAAAUGAUUAUAACAACGGGGAAUAAAAAGUUCACCGUAAUUUCUACAGGACAGCAACAACACAUUCAAACGGCAAACACAAAGCCAAUACAAUUGAAGCAAGCGGUGCUCGCUCAGGCGAACAAAAGUCCGUUCGUGUUGAAAACGACUACCAUCAAAUCCAGCACCCCGAUUCAAGUGAAGCAGCUGCAGAGUGUGCCGACCCUUAAACAGAUUCAACCCGUGAAAAGGCAAGAGGUGAAGCAACCGGUUGUGCAAUCGAAACAACAGCUAAAACCGACCCCGCCGAAGAAGCCGGAAACCGAACCGAUAAGGUUGAACAUAAGAAAAACGUUGACAGAGUUGUUGUCGAGCCGUAUAAAAGAAACGGAGGAUUUGAAACUGAACGACGACGAGAUCGCCGAUCUAGCUUUCAACAUCGAGUUGGAGAUGUACAAAUAUUUUAAAGACACCGGAGCCAAGUACAAAGCCAAAUACAGAAGUCUCGUAUUCAAUAUAAAAGACACGAAAAAUUUGACGUUAUUUCGUAAAAUAGCCAACAGAUCGUUAACUCCUGACGCGGUGGUAAGACUAAGCCCCGACGAAAUGGCCAGCCAAGAGUUGGCCGAAUGGCGGGAAAAAGAGACCAAGCACCAGUUAGAGAUGAUCAAGAAGAACGAGCUGGAUUUGAUGGCGCAGGCGAAGUCUAUAGUUGUGAAAACGCACAAAGGUGAACAGAUAAUCGAGAAUGACGGCGGUAUCGAUCACGUCGAUCCGAAAACUCCGGUACAAGAUAUCGUGACAGCGUUGAAUAGCGCGGACAGCAUAACGUCGACGGUGGACGAUCCGGAGAAGGAGCUGGAAAGAAUAAACGAGGAGGAGCGGCUGAGAAUCAAGGAAGAUGCCAAGAAAUCGAAGUUCUUCGACGAGAAGAAGAAGAAAGAGAAGGAAAGGAGUCGGGAGAAGGACAAGGUGAAGGAUAAGGAAAGGAGCCGAGAGAGAGAUAACAGUCGUUCGAAGGCGGUUGGUAGACGCGAGAGAAGUACGAGCACCGGCAGGCACAAACACGGUAGAGACGACCGAGAGCGUAGCAAGACCAGGGAGAAAAGUAGGGAGAGAAAGUCGCGCGAGAAGGAGAGCAAACGCGAGAAAGAAAGGGACCGCGAGAAGGAAAAAGACCGUGAUCGAGAUCGAUCGAGGACCAGAGAUCGCGACAGAAUUAAGCUCCGGGAGAAAGGGAGCAAGGAGCGAAGUAAGCAAAAAGACAAAGAGAAGGAGAGAGGAGAACGAGAACGGCAUAGAAGCGGAGUCGGGGUUGGCGACGGUGCUGGUGCCGGUGGUGGAAUCGGUGGCGGCGGUGUCGGCGGCGGCAGCGAUAAUAAUUUGAAGAGCCGCAGCGUUGCCGGCGGGUUCGUGUACUGCGAAUCGAAGGAGCUCGACAAAAGGGAGGACGAGAAGAAGAGAGACACAGAGAAGAAAGACGAUUCGAUCGGUCUAGCCGGAGGAUCUUCGACCGAAAGAUCCAUCGAAGAUCGUUUGUGGCGACACAUAGAGGACGAAGCCACUACCAACACCAUAGACGGGAACGAUUCCGACGUAUCGGACAGGGAGCCAACGUCGACCGUUACGAUAAAGACUCCGGACAUCAACGAGGACGUUGACAGAGAUCGAGAACAAGAGUCCCUCUCGAGCACCGUUGACAGAGACGCGUCGAAGGGUAGUUGGCAAACGGUGUGGAGAGGCUUCGUGAACAUGGUGGACGUCGCUAAAUUCUUCAUCACCGCGCAAGAGGUGAGCGGUCACGCGAAAGAUUUGAUGGACGACUUGCCGGACACGGUCGACGUCGUCGGUAGAAUAAGCCACGACACCGUCUGGGACUACAUCUCGAAAAUGAAGAAGACUGGUUCGAAAGAAAUCCUGGUAAUUCGCCUUACCGCUGCCAACGACGAAGAAAAGAUUCCUUACAUAACGUUGUACAGUUACUUGAACAGCAGAAGUCGCCUCGGAGUGGUCGGCAAUGUCUCGAAAAACAUCAAAGACUUUUAUAUAAUGCCGUUUUCGAGUCAGAGCACGAUACCGCAGGUUCUGCUGCCGUUGAACGGUCCCGGCUUCGAGGAGCAUCGACCGCACCUUCUGCUGGGGAUAAUCGUUCGCAACAAAAGGAAGCGUUUCGUUGGCGUUUCCUCGUCGACCAUACCGAUCAAGCUGGCGAAAAAAGAUUCUGACAGAAGCUACACUCCGCCGUUGGUCAGCGUUUCGAAGGACAAAGUAGUUAGUUCUAACGUGAGUGCUAUGAUCGCGGGCACGGUCACGAUCACGGCAACAGCAACCUCGACGGUUGUCGCCGCGGUCUCUUCCCCGAUUGUAGCAACGGCCGGCAGCAUUUAUCAGAAGGCCACGAUCGCUUCCGCCAAAGAGAAGCAGCAACCGCAGCAGCAGCAGCAACAGCACACAGUCACGCAAACCACUCUCGAUACUUUGAACAAGGCGCACAUAGGCAUGCCGAGAAGCACGAUACUCGACACCGCGACCAUAUGUAAGAUCGUUCCGGAACUCUCGUCCAAGAUCGACCUUACUUCCUCGCCCGGCAAAGUACCCAUCGACGACGACGGCGACGAACCCUACAGCCCUGGUCAGAUGGACGAGGAGCAGUCCGAUCGCGAUUUGCGAACUACUUCCACGAUUUGCACAACGGCCGCAGCCUUACCGUCGAUUCAAUCGGUGGCAACGAUGAUCGGCAUCGACGGCUCGGCGAUCGAUAACGGUAUUAUUUCUUCCAGUAAAAACUCGAACGAACUUCAGCGAAAAAUGGAGGAGCUAAAUCGACAAAUCGAAGAACAGAAGCAACAAAUACAAAGCAUUAGCUCGUCGUUUCUCGGUGAAUCAACGUCUACUUUGCCGGGUUUAGGACUGGAUCCGCCGAUUAGCGACGAAUGCGAGGAAGCUUACAGCCCUCCGGAUACAAGAUCGUUCACACCGCCGCCGCCGCCUAUCUCGAAGUUUGCGCAGCCGAUCCUCGACAAAGUAUCAAACAUAACGAUACCGCCGAAUCUGCAAGAAAUCCUAGCGAACGUGAAGCGACAGGAGAGCACCAAAGUAGAUCCGUAUUUACCAUCGAAACCCAGUGCCACAUUCUUGACCACCGUAAACUCGACCGUGUAUCAGAACACGGAGAAAUAUUCGUCCGCGUCGCCCACGAAAAUCUCGAUCGGCGGAUCCAAUAAAUCCAGUACCGACAACAAGCCUUCGCUCGAGUCGAUUAGCCAUAAGGAGUCCGUCUCGAAGGAGAAAGAAAGCAAGAGUACCCUGAGCUCGUUGAGCGACUUGGACCUGAUCAAGAAAGCGGAGGAGGAAUUAGCCGCUGUCGCGGCCGCAGCGUCUGCGAGUGCGGCCGUCACCGCGACCGCGAACACAACGAUACCGGGAAGCCAGGCGGCCGAGCACACAGCGCAGCCGGUUUUAUCCGCGACCUCGACUCUUCCGACGAUGAUAGGGAACUCGAAUUCGUCGAUGAUGCCGUUGUCCACGAGUCUCUCGACCGGUUUGACCCCGGUCGGAGAUCCUUCGCGCGAUACAACCGUGUACAAGAGCCCUUAUCCGGAAUCUUUCAAACGCAACUUGGCCCCGGAACAGCCCAAACCGCCCGGCCUCGAGGACGAGGAUUUCCCGCCGUUCCCGUCGACGCCGCCGAGCGUAGAAUCGAACGCCGCAAGGAUGACACCGUCCCGUUCCAAGUUCGUUCCGAAAAGUGGCAUCGUGUUGAGCGUGAAAAGAAAGAUGAACGACGACAGUGUCGCCUCUUCUUGCGGCUCGACCAAAGCGUCGAGAAUUAAGUCACGCUGGGGUCAAGGACCUUCCGACUCAGGCGACUAGUUUCGCCGCGUGGACUUUCCGUAAGAACUUUUCCUUCGGCGAAAGAACUCUCGAGAACAUUUACGAGCACGCUGUGUGCGCUGACGAGUGGCUUGCUAAAUUAACCGUGUCAACUUGUUCACGAAGCAUCCAAGUUUUUGCUGAUCGCAGUUUCUCAUCGAUCACUGGAAAAUCGUACAAGUUCGAUGGCGGAUACCUUCGAGCGGGAUUCGAUGAACGAACGAACGAUAAGACGGUGUCGUUUCGGAACAUUUUCUACCAGAAACGAUGGCAAACGAAUCUGGUAGUUCGCGCGUGUGCUGCCUAUCGAUGCCGCAAGUUUAGAUCGACGCGUCGGAAGAGGAAGAACUUUGUCGACGACUUUAGGAACGUCACUUGUAAAUACAUAAGCGGCGGAAACACGAACGCUUUUGAUACUAUACGUCGAGCCUACCCGCGCUACGUGUACAUAGCCUCAUCGUAUAAACUCUGUAAUAUAUUGUUCAAACGAAAUCGUAAGGCUAACGAAGAUGAUGAAGAAGAAGAAGAUUAUAUAAGACGGUGGUGCGUGCACCUUGGGCGAGAUCAGGCCGCCAAUGUAUAUAUAUAAAUUAGGUGUAAGGAUCUGAGAACGACCAAUUUCAAUCGAGCGAUAAUUUCUUUUUUAUUUGUUGGUCAACCGGUUAGAAACGAUUUUCAGGGACUAUAGAACCGUCGCUGUGUGCUGCAUUGCUUCUUAGCGGUACCCGAGCCCUAAGUUAAUUACGAUACAAUGUGCUAUCCACCCUCGUGCAGUAAAAUUCAUUUCAACGUUUUGUGUAAGGAGCACGAAGAAUCAUAGAGUUAUCGACGCGCAAGCCGGCACAAAUUGCUGCCAUUACAACUAUUAUGACAAUAUACGAUCGUUUUCUUUCUUUCUUAUUUUCUUUCUUCGGUUCAAACGAGAUUUCAGAUCGACGAGAAACUAAACAAUAAAUUUCAUUGUCCUCUGAUCAUUUACGUUCACGUUACAAUGAUUAUUGUUAAAACACACGAUUUUCUAUGUACGCGCGUAUGUACAUAGGUAGGACGUACACACUUAGUGCUGUAGCAUCGUACAUUUUAUGCUGUCUUCUUCUCCAACGAAACUCCGAUGUCCUCCUGCUUGAUUUUCCUUCCAUCGAACCCCCGUUCAAGCUUUAUCCAUCUCGGCGAUAAAGCAAAUCAGUGUUUGUAUCUGCUUACUUGUACACGGAUACGUAAGAGAGUGGACCUCGCGAGAUGCAUGAUCGGAAGUGUUUGCAAUGAAUAAUUAUCGAUUACCGUCGACCAACUCACCCGUCUACCUUUGUAGCACUGGGUAAUCUCCACCGUUAUGUCGCAGGUAUCAAGGAAUCCUACUUACUCGGAACAUGCUAUGUACGUACACGCGUACGAGUGAGUGCGAGUAAAAAAAAAAAGAAACUUAAUAAAGGACGCGUACUUUAAGAAGACAUUCGAAGGAUAGAACCACUCUCCCCUAACAAUUCGUAUUAUAUUAUAUUACAUUAUAUUAUAUUAUAUUAUAUAUAUAUAUAUAUAUAUAUAUUCGAAACCGAAAUCUUUGCUCUAUCACCGCCGAAACACUCUAUUUGUAUAUAUGUAUACAAAUGUAGACGUACCACGGUGUUAGAACCAGUUUUAUACGAAAGAAAAGUAAUUAAAAUUUCAUUUUUGUACAAGUUUUCGAAUAGUGAGCGAAAUACGUGCAUACAUUACAUAUAUUAGCGAAUCACUGUAAACGUAAUCGCAUCACUAUCAGCAUUAUCGGUGUUGUUGUUUCUAUUAUUAUUAUUAUUAUUAUUAUUAUUAUUAUUAUUAUUAUUACAUAUUAUCUUUAUCGUUAUUGUUAGAAAUAUCGUAAUAACGCCUUCGUCGUCGCCCGAAUGUGUAUCGACCGUUGCCUUUAAUAACCGAACGUCACUUCUACAGUUGCACUACGAACAUUAUUAUUUUCAAUUACAGAAACGAUUAACAGUAACACUUAAAUUCGUCGCAUCGAUCUUUACAUCGUGCCCGACAACCUGAAAUGUUGAUUACAUUGUAUUAUAUGGAAGUCACUUUGAUCAAAAAUGGUUUUCAGUAUGUUAUUUUGAAAUUCAUAUUGUACGUGUAGCAAGGCUAACUAACAUUCCAAGCGACUGUAAAAAGUUUCAUUAACCAAUUAGAAGUAUCGUGUAACACUAGCCUCUCUCUGUUGAUUGUCAAUAGAAGAAAUCUUUCAAUAGACGCAUAAACGAUGUUUCAAAGAA